ACCAAUAAUAUUCAGUGAUUGCUGAAAUCUCGUCAAAUUUAGUCGUGUAAUCCCUUUUUGUGUCGUUUAAAGUUGAAAAAUAAUCCAUCAUGAGAGUUUACGUUGUCGGAUGUGGCAUGACAAAGUUCGAAAAACCGGGUCGCCGGGAGAACUUUGACUAUCCAGACAUGGCAAAAGAAGCUGUUACAAAGGCAUUGGAGGAUGCCAAGAUCAAAUAUGACGAAGUUAAGCAAGCUGUUGUCGGAUAUGUUUAUGGUGACUCAACGUGUGGUCAACGUGCCUUAUACGAAAUCGGCAUGACAGGCAUCCCCAUUUACAACGUCAACAACAACUGUUCAACGGGAUCUUCGGCAAUUUUGUUGGCAAAACAACUCAUCGAGAACGGCAAAAACGAUUGCGUGCUCGCCUUGGGCUUCGAAAAAAUGGAACGUGGCUCUCUUUCCUCCAAAUAUCUCGAUCGCACGAAUCCCGUCGAGAAAUUAGUCAUCGCCAUGAGUGAAGUUGCCGAUAUCACCGCUGCUCCAAUCGCGGCGCAACUUUUCGGCAAUGCUGGCGUCGAACACAUGAAAAAAUACGGCAGCAAACCGGAGCAUUUUGCGAAAAUCGCCCACAAAAAUCACAAACAUUCCACAAAUAAUCCGUAUUCGCAAUUCCAGGACGAAUAUUCGUUGGAUCAAGUGAAGAAAUCGCCGCAAGUUCACGAAGUUUUGACAAAAUUGCAAUGUUGCCCGACGUCAGAUGGCGCUGCUGCCUGCGUUUUAGCAUCGGAAGACUUUGUGCGUCGUUACGGAUUGGAAAAACAAGCUGUUGAAAUUGUCGGAAUGGAAAUGUCGACAGAUUUGCCUUCGACCUUCAACGAAAAAUCCGCCAUGAAAAUUGUCGGAUACGACAUGACACGAAAUGCGGCGCAAAAAUUGUUCGCCAAGACGAAUUACAAGCCGCAAGAUGUCGAUGUUGUCGAAUUGCACGAUUGUUUCUCCGCAAAUGAGCUUAUCACGUACGAGGCUCUCGGUUUAUGCGAACCUGGAAAGGCGCACGAACUCGUCGAGAAGAAUGACAACACUUAUGGCGGGAAAUAUGUCAUCAAUCCAAGCGGCGGACUCAUUUCCAAGGGACAUCCACUCGGAGCAACAGGUUUGGCACAAUGUAACGAACUUUGUUGGCAGUUGCGGGGCGAAGCGGGAAAACGUCAAGUGAAAAAUGCGAGACUUGCGUUGCAACAUAACAUCGGAUUGGGAGGCGCAGUUGUUGUUGCGUUGUAUCGUCUUGGAUUCCCGAACGCACGAAAUCCGGUAAAAUUGAAUUUAACGUCGGCGUUGAAGAUUAAAGACACGCCGGAAGGAUUCCAAGUGACGCCGAUGUUGGCGUUGCUCGAACAAGCGAUGCAAGAAGACAAGGAGGGUUUGAUUGAACGCGUUCGUGGCAUUUAUGGAUUCCGUGUUACGGAUGGACCUGAUGGAGCAAUGGGGUAUUGGGUUAUUAAUGCCAAGACAGGAAAGGGAUCCGUUACUUAUAAUGGAAAAGAAAAACCCGACGUAACAUUCAUCAUCAAGGAUUGCGAUGUCGUCGAAUUAAUUUCCGGCAAAAUUAAUCCACAAAAGGCCUUUUUCCAAGGAAAAGUUAAGAUUCAAGGAAAUAUGGGAAUGGCAAUGAAGUUGGUUGACUUGCAAAAACGCGCACAACACAAAAUUGACGAGUUGAAGGCUAAAUUGUAAAUUUUUUUGUUGAAUUAGUUAGACGAAAACUUGUUACGGUGCAAAAGGAGAGCAUGGAUGUAUUACCAGUUUUUUAUACUUUUAAUUCUUGUAUUCAUUAGAUGAACGGGGGAAAUAAAAAAAAGUUAUUUUUUUACAU